AGCUACAGCCGCUGUUUCUAGCAUGGCCAAGUCGAAUGACCUGAAAAUCUUCCUGGAGUCUUCGCUGAAUGAGAUCUUUAAAGCUACAGUGAGCGAUAUACUGGACUCAGUGGACCGGACUUUGUCCGAGUACCAAGGCACGAUACAGAGGAUCGAGUCGGAAAACGAAGGCCUGAAGCGACUGCUGUUUGCACAGAAGAGUACAGAAUCUGCUGCGAGAGAUAAACAUGAGCAUGAUGUUACAAAGAAGUUUUCAGCUUCAGAGUGGACCAGUUGUUCCUUCAGCUCCACAGAGGGCCUGUGCAAGAAGAGCUGCUGGAGGAAGCACAAAGACAAAAUGAGAGAGAGCGUGUCCUCUGCCUCAUUUUUACUGCAGACUAAUGACACAGUAGAACAACCAUGUGUAAACAUCACAGAGGCAGGUGCGGCUACAACAACCUUGACAUCUCUAAAAUCAGAGUCUGGCCUGGAUGAAAGCGGUGCUGUUGACCUCUCCCAACCUUCAUCCCUACUCAAUCUGACAAUGAGGCCAAUAAAAAAUGAGAGCACAGACAUCAGUUGUGACAGCCAUGAUGCAUAUGCACCUCUGCUGCCCUCUUCAGACCAUGAACAAGAUUCCAGUGGCAGUGAAGGUGCCAUCAAAGUCACCAUUGUUUCUGAGAGCUACAUUCAGGAUGGACAGUUCAUUAAGACAGAGGAGGAGGAGCCGAACGGGCUGUUGCACUAUGAUGACAGUGACAUUUUCUCUAACCAGGAUUUAAAGCAUGUGUUGAGAUAUUACCCUGAAUCAGAAAUAUAUCCCGAGCGAGUGAGUAGACAGGUUGUAGAGCCAGAAGUGGAGAUACAUAAGGAGAAUGAUUCACCUGCUGUUCUUGCAGAUGAGUUUUUGGAGAUUCAUGACAACUUUUUACGCUGCCCCACCUGUCCCAAAACAUUUAGUCGAGCAGCCUCGCUCAACAUCCACAUCAAGACUCACAGCGGUGAGAAGGCCCACUGCUGCAGCUACUGUGGUAAACGCUUUGGCCGAGCUGAUCUCCUCAAAUCCCACAAGCGAACCCACACAGGAGAAAGACCCUACAGCUGCAGCAUUUGCAGUAAAACAUACGCCCAUCCCAGUCAGCUUAGAAUACACAAACGCGUCCACACUGGAGAGAAGCCGUAUCCCUGCUCACACUGCGGAAAGCGCUUCAAUGAGCACAACCAGCUCAAAGUCCACUUGCGGACUCACACUGGGGAGAGGCCUUACAGCUGCCAGGAGUGUGGCAAAACAUUCAGCAACACAGGGAACCUACGUAUACAUGAGAGGAUUCACACUGGUGAGAAGCCGUACUGCUGCGCUCAGUGCGGGAAAAAGUUCAAUGGCUUGGGUGACCUCAAAACACAUUAUAGGAUUCACACUGGAGAGAGGCCCUAUAGCUGUGAGCUGUGUAAGAAGACCUUCAGCCAGGCAGGCCACCUCACCAUACACAUGCGGAUGCACACAGGAGAAAGACCGUACAGCUGCAAUGAGUGCGGCAAGAAGUUUACAGUGGCCAGCAGCCUGAAACUCCACCAGAGGACUCACACAGGAGAGAAGGAGUACAGCUGCUCAUACUGCAGCAAAAGCUUCAGCAGGUCGGGCCACCUGAAGAGGCACGAGCUGGUCCACACCAAAGAGAAGGUGUUCCUCUGCAGCCAGUGUGGAAAGACCUACACGGACCAGUCCUCCCUUAAGAAGCACCUGAAGAUGCAUGCAGCCAAAGAGCAGAAGGCUCAGAGCGAAGGAAGCACAGAGGAGGCUGAAACGAACCAGGCCCAACCUUCAGUCCCCACUGAUAGACAUUAAAGCCAAAUUAUUAAGGCCCAAUCCCAUUUCUUAUUUUUUAUCCUUACCCCUCAUUUACCUCAGCUCCCUCUCUUUGAGUUAACUCUCAAGAAGUAGUGGUUGAAAUCUUAUCUAAAUAAUAUAUAUAAAAAGCAACAACACUUCAAGACCUCUAUGCGUCAUCAGUAGUUAAUGACAAUGAUUAAAUAAACAGACACAACAGGUUGCUGUCAGAAAUUUUGAAUCACACAAUGCCAUCUUCAGCUGUUGUGAUUUCUCUUGUGUGGUCUUUAAGCAUGAAUUUGUGAUUUUCAACAGCAAAUAAGAAAAAUGCAAGGAUAGGAAUAUGGCCAAUAGGAAUAUGUUUUUGACACCAAGGAGUGUUGGUGUUUGUUUGAGGUAUGUAGCAUCAACUGCAGUUAACUUUUGUUGUAUGUUAGCCUCAUACCACUCAGUUCUGAGUCUGCCUCUGAAAGCCCUACCACUUCACCUUACCCUUCAGUCCUAAAGAAAAUCUGCACUCCCCUACCACUACAUGUGAAUGCACAAAACAGAGGGGUAGGGGCAAUGGGUGAAUUGGGAUUGGGCCUAAAAGUUCAGAAUGAGUGUUGUAUGUGAUUUUACAAAAUAGUAUUAGAGCAGAGUCCAGUUCAGACCAACACUGGACCUGUGUGAAAAUACACAGCCCCUAAUCAAUUUGAAUAGAAACAGUCCAUUUGCACCGGGGGAGCACCGGAAAAACAGCAGAAAGGUUGAGCCAAACUUUUGCUGCAAUGCAACAUCAUCUGGUCAGAUACAUGAUAGGAUAUAUUUAUGGUAGAUGACUUUGUAACACGAACAUCAUAUUUCUACUCUUUAUCUUGUGAUCAUCACAGUGAAAGUUAAAAUAGUAAAAUAAUGUCUGAGUGUUCUGUGUCUCCCUGGUACCUUAAACAUCAGGCCUCUGGCAGUAUAGCCCCCUGCAAUGUCCUAGGGUUGUGUGCUGGGAUUGAAAGCUCCAGAAGAAGAUUAUUUUGCCCCGGCAAGAAAGUUGUUUGUGAUAUUUGUGCUACAGUGCAAUACAGUGUUGUCUGAUAUUUGCUGUGUUUAGCUAGGUCCAUAUAUUUAGCUGUAUGUUUAAUUAUUUGAUCCUGAUUGAUCAAUUCUAACAUUCUCCUUGUAGGCUUCUCUCUCUCACAACUUGAGAUAAAAAAAGAGACCUUAAAAAAACAAUCCUACCAAAAUGUUGGUACAGUAGUGUGUUUCUGAAACGCUUGAUAGGAAAAGAAAAAUGACUGAAGGCCCUGCCUGUGGCAUUGGUGAGGUGUGUUCAUGACUUCAUCCCUGCUAAAGUAUUUAUGUUCUAUAGCUGGUCCUAACCUUUGAUACCACUGUGAAGAAAACUCAGUUUUCCCACAGGAGCCAGCAAUGGGUCGCAAUGUAAUCUUUUUUUAAUUGGAUAAAUGUAUGCACUUGGUAGCCAGAGAGGUAGACAGUGUGUAAGGUGAAGUUCAUUACUGUAAUGCUGUAUAUAGCUUUAACUAUACAGGCAGCAGUUUGAUCCAUUGAACUGGCAAGAAUGUAUGAUUCUCAGUGUUGAUUGACCAGUUUUCAGUGAUGAAUAAUUGUUUUGUCAAGUGAUGCUGAUAUGGAAGAAUGUGGAGCUUGUUCAUUGUAAGACCAGGAAAUACCAUUAACUGUGAACAAACAACGCACACAGGAGCAAAGUUUCAUGUUUCUGACCAUGUAUGUUGUGGUAGCUGGUUGAUUUUUUCUGGAUAACAGUGUAUAUAAAAAUGAGUGUUUGCCUCUAGGAAUUUAUUGUAACUUAAUUUAUGUUUUAUGUCUAAAUUAAAGAGAAA